AGCGUCGCUUGGCCACAGACAGCAACGAGCGAAAAAUUCCGGCAGGGCAGGCCCUCAACUACGGAUAACGCAAAGCGAAAACAAAAAAUAAGGAGCCCAUCUAUUUACCCCGGCAAAAAAAUCGCUGAGGUUCCUCGCCAAACAUGCCGAAGAACAAGGGAAAGGGUGGCAAGAACCGCCGCAGGGGAAAGAACGAGAACGACAAUGAGAAGCGUGAGCUCACCUUCAAGGAGGAGGGUCAGGAAUAUGCCCAGGUCCUGAAGAUGCUCGGGAACGGCAGACUCGAGGCCAUGUGCUUUGACGGCGUCAAGCGCCUCGGUCUGAUCCGCGGAAAGCUCCGGAAAAAGAUCUGGAUCAACAACGGCGACAUCAUUCUAGUGUCUCUGCGCGAAUAUCAGGACAAUAAAGGCGACGUUAUCCUCAAGUACUCGGCCGAUGAGGCACGCUCACUCAAGGCCUACGGCGAGCUGCCCGAUACAGCCAAGAUCAACGAGACGGACACGUUCGGCCCAGGCGAGGACGGUGACUGUGGCUUCGAAUUCGACGAGGACCGCGACAGCGAUAGUGACGCUGGCGGUGCCUCGGGCGGGAACAAGGAGAUCUCAAUCGACGACAUCUAAAGCCCCGUGCCGGGCUGAGAUUGCCGUCGCACAGCCCGCUUCCGGGGCGAGGACCACCCUUUCUGGCCAGGGCCGUUUUUCUGCUUUUUGCGGAAAAACGCGGCCUGGAUGUGGAAAGCAAAAAAACUGUCUUCUCUCUCAAACCGUUGGUCAUGCAUCCACGUGUGAUUAGCGGUUCCCCGACAGUUGGUGGGAAUCUUGUCCUGGUUGCGGAGGAGAUUGUCUCGGGGAACAGGGAGAAGGACAGGUCAUGAUGGGAGAGACGUCAUCACCGGGUCUAUCUCUAGGAUUUGCGGAGUGGUAGUCGUUUUUGUUGGGUUAAUAAAGCUUGCCGUUUUUCUCUUAGUUCGAGGCACGAUUGGUUGCGUGUUGGUAGGGGCUCUCAAAUGAUGCCAAUGUACUGACUUAGUCC